ACCUGUGGGAACGGUACCGGGAGGCCAAGAGAAGCACCGAAGAAUUGGUUCCUUCAAUUAUGAACAACUUGUUGAAUCCAGAUGCCAUUUUCUCAAACAACGAAAUGAGCCUGUCGGAUAUUGAAAUCUAUGGCUUUGAUUAUGAUUAUACCUUGGUGUUUUAUUCAAAGCACCUCCACACGCUUAUAUUUAAUGCUGCUCGGGACCUUCUCAUCAAUGAACAUCGGUAUCCGAUGGAAAUCAGGAACUAUGAGUAUGACCCAAAUUUUGCAAUCCGUGGACUUCAUUAUGAUGUACAGCGGGCAGUAUUGAUGAAGAUUGAUGCUUUUCAUUAUAUCCAGCUGGGCACCGUCUACAGAGGCCUCAGUGUUGUCCCCGACGAAGAAGUCAUUGAAAUGUACGAGGGGUCCCACGUGCCCUUGGAACAGAUGAGCGACUUCUAUGGGAAGAGUUCUCACGGAAACACCAUGAAGCAGUUCAUGGACAUCUUCUCGCUGCCAGAGAUGACCCUGCUGUCGUGCGUGAAUGAAUACUUCCUGAAGAACAACAUCGACUACGAGCCCGUGCACCUGUACAAAGAUGUCAAGGAUGCAAUCCGAGACGUGCACAUCAAAGGAAUCAUGUACAGAGCCAUCGAAGCAGACAUUGAAAAGUACAUCUGCUAUGCUGAGCAGACCCGUGCAGUGUUGGCCAAACUGGCCGAUCACGGCAAGAAGAUGUUCCUCAUCACCAACAGCCCCAGCAGCUUUGUGGACAAAGGAAUGAGGUAUAUCGUUGGGAAGGACUGGAGGGACCUGUUUGAUGUCGUCAUCGUUCAGGCUGAGAAGCCAAACUUCUUCAACGAUAAGCGGAGACCUUUUCGGAAGGUGAAUGAGAAAGGCGUCUUACUCUGGGAUAAGAUCCACAAGUUGCAGAAAGGCCAGAUUUACAAGCAGGGUAACUUGUAUGAAUUUUUGAAGCUUACCGGGUGGAGAGGAUCCAAAGUGUUGUACUUCGGUGAUCACAUAUACAGUGACCUGGCGGAUUUGACCCUAAAGCAUGGCUGGAGAACCGGAGCAAUUAUUCCAGAGCUGCGAUCCGAGCUCAGAAUCAUGAACACGGAGCAGUAUAUCCAAACCAUGACCUGGCUGCAGACCUUGACUGGGUUAUUGGAGCAGAUGCAGGUUCACAGAGAUGCCGAGUCACAGCUGGUUUUGCAGGAGUGGAAAAAGGAAAGAAAGGAGAUGAGGGAAAUGACCAAGAGUUUCUUCAACGCCCAGUUUGGAAGCCUGUUCCGCACAGACCAGAACCCAACCUACUUCCUGAGGCGCCUGUCGCGAUUCGCUGACAUCUACAUGGCGUCGCUGAGCUGCCUGUUGAACUACGACGUCAGCCACACGUUCUACCCCAGGAGGACUCCACUACAGCACGAACUUCCUGCGUGGUCUGACAGACCCUCCACCUUCGGAGCCCCCCUCCUACAGGAGGCCCAGGCUAAGUAACGGGGCCCACCUGUGGAAAAAGCCAGAAACAGCGGCAGGCCCAGAUUGGGCGAAUGGGACAGGGUUGACUUUGUGUGGAUCUGAGUGUGGCUUUCUGAACGGGCACUACUAAACUUUUUGAUACUUAUUUUAUACCUUAUGGAGAAUGCUCCCCAGGUGGUGAAGACAGGAGCUAGCAGCCCACCAGCCCUGCCCUUGUCUCUACGGAGGGCAGAAGGGCAAGCUUCGGAUUGGAACUCUGAUUUAGCUUCAUUGUUUACCGAGAUCCUGGAUCUGACGUCAGUGUCUCUGGGAUAGGUGAGACCACUUGCUGCAUCUCUGUGUUCCAGCAGGUCAAGUUUUGAAGUGAUUCUUGGCUCUUGCAUGGAACAUUUUUCUGAGCAUUUACGGGCACUGUGCUGGGAAUUGCAGGGGCACAGUGGCUACAGAGAGACGGCUUGGAGAAAGCCGAUGGCUUAGUGAGCUCUGCAGUGGCAAAUGCCGUCGCAGGUAGAAGAGAUCAUUUUCAAGUGGUAGCCAGUUCCCAGAUCGUCUUGUUCUCAAGCCUUGGUGUUGUGCUUCUUCGCAUCCAAGAGAUCUUAGCCUCUCUGGAAGGACUUACAUGAGAAAGAGCAAGAGAAGUGAUCACUCCUUGACCUUUUGUCUUCUUUUAAAAUUCCUAGAGCGCACACACGCUCUCCAGAGAGAGAAAGCCCCCUAUAGUGGGGUGUGAUUUCACCACAUCCUUUUUCUUCAAUUCCCCCUUCCUAUUAGAAUUUUGGGCACAUUUGUACACCCAGCAUGCUUUACAAGCUGUUGGGAUUGGGAUUUGAACUGCAGUUGACUGUGUUGAAGGAAAUGAAAUGCUAGCAUGGCAUUGAGCUAUGGGGGGGGGGAGCUGCUUUGACCCCUUAUCUUCAGUGUGUGCGGCCGGCAUGCUGUGCAUGGUGUAAGUGGUGAUUGGAUUAGAAGGAAAGAGCUCUAGUUUUUGUGUGUGUGUUUGUUAGAUUUUUGCUAUAGGGUGUGUGUGCUCGCCAGAGAGAGAGAGAGACAGAA